AGACAACAUCUCACUUGUCAGCUAUUUCCAUCUGCAAAAUACGCUCAAUAUGGUGAUCCAAUACCAAGGGACCCAGAUCCCCAUCUCGUUCGCAUCAUGCAGCAUUCCAAUGAAGAUCAAGGCCAGCCUUCCUGAUAAGCUCGGCGCCAUUCGAAAAGCCGGGUUCGAUGGAAUUGAGCUUUCUAUGCCUGAUAUCCUUGAUUACGGAAAGCUACUCAGUGGUUCUCAGCCAAAAGAGGACGACUAUGAUACGCUCGCGGAUGUCGCGAAGCAGAUCAAGGCGUUGACGGAUGAGUUGGGUUUGAAGAUCAUGAUGCUUCAGCCUUUUGCGAAUUUCGAGGGCUGGAAGAAGGGCGAACAUGACGAGCAGAGAAAAAAAGCGUUUGAUAAAGCACGAGGAUGGGUCAAGGUCAUGGAGGCUGCUGGUAUCACUUUAUUACAGGUGGGAUCAUCCGACUCUGAGGGAAUUUCAUCUUCAUUCGACGACUUGGCCUCCGAUCUCGCAGAACUAGCAGAUCUCCUCGCCGAAAAAGGCUUCAGCAUCGCCUACGAAAACUGGUGCUGGGCCACCCAUGCCCCAACCUGGAAAACAGUCUGGCAAAUCGUCCAAAAGGCCAACAGACCCAACAUCGGUCUAUGUCUCGAUACCUUCCAAACCGCCGGUCUUGAAUGGGGCGAUCCCACCACCAAAGAUGGUCUCAUCAAAGCAAGUAGCAAUGAGGAGCGCAAAACUUGCUGGCACAAGAGCCUUGAGGAACUAGCUACCACUAUUCCAGCGGAUAAGAUUUAUCUGUUGCAGAUCUCGGAUGCGUACAAAAUGGAUCCUCCUAUCGAGGAUAAGAAGGAUGAGGAGGGGAGUAGGCCUAGAGCGAGGUGGAGUCAUGAUUAUAGGCCGUUGCCGUGUGAUGGCGGGUAUUUGCCUGUUCAGGAUAUGCUACAUGCUGUGCUGAAGACGGGGUUUAGGAGUUGGUUGUCGGUGGAGGUGUUUGAUGGGCUUGAGGGGGAGAAUACGGAUAUGAACGAGUAUACGGUUGCGGCGGUUGAGUCGUUGAAGAAGCUCAUUCAGGUUAGUGAAUGAUUCAGCUCACCAGUCUUAUAAGAGAGGUAUUAUGAGAAGCAAUAACGAAAGUCUCAAUACGCUUGCUUCUUGAUUCUUGCUACGUAUAUACUCCUCUUUGCCUUUUUCGCUCGUCAUCGUAUCAAGAUAUUUUGCUCGUGACAGCAGUAUACUCCAUCAAAUCCUCCA